AUGAGUUUUCCUGAUGACAGUGGUGCUAGUCUUCCAGAGGUGAAUGGCUACAGUUUAUGGAAGAAAGAUAAUUCUGAUUCUACUCGUAGUAUGUCAGCUGAACGGUAUGAGUAUUUAUUUGCAAAAUUUGGUCCAGAUUUGAAUAGCAAGAAUGAGAGGGAUAAAUACAACAAUCGUAAUAGUAAAUCAGCUGUUGGCGUGGAUCGAAGUGUGAAUGGCCACCGUCAAUCGCAUGAAUCUGAUGAUCCUCAUAGUAUGUCAGCUUUUUUGCAUGAGGCUGAUUCAAGGGUUGAUACAGAUGAGAGUAGCAAGAAAGUGUGGGAUGAAUACGACAAUCCUAAAAGUAUUUCAGCUUUCAUACACGAGGCUGCUUCUGGAGGCGUUGAUCCAAGUGUGAAUGGCAACCAUCGAUGGGAUGAAUCUGAUGAUCCUCAUAGUAUGUCAGCUUUUUUUCAUGAGGCUGAUUCUUUAAGGGUUGAUACAGAUGUGAAUAGGAAGAAUGUGUGGGAUGAAUACGACAAUCCUAGAAGUAUUUCAGCUUUCACACGCGAGGCUGCUUCUGUAGGCGUUGAUCCAAGUGUGAAUGGCAACCAUGCAUGGGAUGAAACCGACGAUCCUAAUAGUUUUUCAGCUUUUAGGCACCAGACUGUGCAGGAAGACACAGACUUUGCUGAAGAAGACAAAACGCACAAGAUAUGA